CGAAGCGCGGAGGAGCGGUGAGCGUGUAGCCCGCGGCGGUGUAUCGCGUGUGGUGUGUAACGUGCGCACGGCCGGGCUCGGAGGCGCUCGGACGUGCUGCAAGGAAGCUGCCGCUUGUUCGUUUCCCGGAGACGGACGCGUUAAGCGCUGAUUAUGAGAAAGCGCUUCUGUCCUCCAUCAUGAUCGACAUCUGGAUGAACGCGUCCUACAUUGUGAUCGAGCUGCUGAUCGCCGUACUGUCGGUGGCUGGCAACGUGCUGGUGUGCUGGGCCGUGGCCAUCAACACCACUCUGAAAAACGCUACCAACUACUUUCUUGUGUCGCUGGCAGUGGCGGACAUCCUGGUGGGCUGCCUCGCCAUCCCCUUCGCCAUCACCAUCAGCAUCGGGCUACAUUCCAGCUUUUACGGGUGCCUCUUUCUGGCCUGCUUCGUCUUGGUGCUCACCCAGAGCUCAAUCUUUAGUCUCCUGGCUGUCGCGAUUGACAGGUACUUUGCGGUCAAAAUUCCACUCAGAUACAAAGAACUUGUAACAGGGAAGAGAGUCCGAACAGUCAUUGCUAUCCUAUGGAUCCUCUCCUUUGUCAUUGGCCUCAUUCCAUUCCUGGGUUGGAACAAGAAGCAGGCUGUGUGCAGCAAUGAGAACAUGUCUGGGAAUGCCAGCGACAGUGCCAUCCUGCAGAGCUGCCCGCUCACGUGCUACUUUGAGAGUGUGGUGGACAUGAGCUACAUGGUCUACUUCAACUUCUUUGGCUGCGUCCUGCUGCCACUGCUCAUCAUGCUGGGGAUUUAUAUCAAGAUUUUCAAUGUGGCACGCAAGCAGCUGCGCCAGAUUGAGCUCAAGUGUAUCAAUGGUGAGAACUCCCACAACCUGCUGCAGAGGGAGAUCCGGGCCGCCAAGUCCCUGUCCAUCAUUGUAGGCCUCUUUGCCCUCUGCUGGCUGCCUGUGCAUAUCCUCAAUUGUCUCACACUCUUCUAUGAGAACCUGCACAAGCCGCCCACCUUAAUGUACAUGGCCAUUCUUCUGUCCCAUGCCAACUCGGUGGUCAACCCCAUCAUCUACGCCUACCGCAUCCGGGACUUCCGGAACACCUUCCGGAAGAUCCUGUCCCGGCACAUCUUGUGCAGGAAGGAGGAUCUUUACCUCAGUGCAAAAAGCAGUACAUGUCACAUGGAUCAAAUAAAUGCGACUGUUGAUCCUUUACUAUAGAAGCACAAAGACUUCCUCUUCUUUUGUCGUUCACAGUUUGGAGCGACAUUUACAGACUAAAAGGAUAUCAUGAAGGAAAAACAUGAAAUCCCGUGUUUGUGGAUUGUAAUGUAUGAAGUUGUAGCAAACAGCAAGUCCUCUAUGGAUGGGAGUAGAUUGUUCUGAGAUCAUCUUUUGUAGAAGUGUUGAUGGUAAAACAAUGUCCAGGACCACAGAUUAAAUAUGAGGACAGUUUUUUGGAAAACGACACUUUUCAACUGAAAUCUAACCCUGAGCCUAUUUUGCUCAGAUUGUGAACUUGACAACUUUUCCAUUUUUUUUUUAGCUUUCUUUCUUUAAAAAUUAAUUAUGCAGUUAUUGGGCACAUUUUACUAUGGAUUAUUUAUUGGAUUGGCUAGGAAAAGACGCAUAGAACUAUCAAACCUCGUCAAGCAGCACACAUGGACUUUGACAAAGAUUAACUCUUGCUGAAUAAAACAUGAUCUACCCACUGACUCCUGUAGAGAAGCUCUGUGCUGACAUCAGCAAGUCCAAAAUGUGCAACAGUGCUGAAGCUGGCCAUAAGAGAAUCGCUUUGUCGUCAGACCACAAUUAAUUGUGUCAAUGUGUUAUGAAAGAGGUCAAGAAUUCCUGUGAAACAUCAGGGACUCUUCUAAGGAACUGCUCUCUCUGCAGCUUCUGUGUUUAUUUAGUAACCUCAGGAAAACCACAGAAUAAGGAGUGGACAGAAUCACAAAAGAAAUUGAACCAUUUACAAGUGAAUCUCCGGUGACACGAUAAUGUGAAUCAUACUUAAUCUCUUUUGUAAUAUUCUAUGGAAGAUGUUUCAAAAGUAACAAAUUAUACCUUAGUAUUACCUACACAUUCUCCCUGCCAAGACAGGUUACAUUGAAGAUGUAAUUAACUUUAGCCAAAUGUGAAUCUAGUCGUCACCAUGUUACUGGAAACCUGGCUCAGACUUUCCACAAUAGACUUUUUUUGAUGAGAUCAUAUCUGUUUUUAGUGCUAAACCCCACAUAAACACAUGCAGUAGAACUCAUGCGAAAAUGCAACUGUCUGCUAACUGUGAGCAGAAGCCUAGUUUUCUGUGGAAGAUACCACAGGUGGUGGAGCUCCGGCUCUCAGCACAGCCAGCCAGUUUCACUUCCUCCUCAGCUUCCUGUCACAUCAACUGUACCUUCAAACAUGAACGCUGGCAUAAAUCAUGACCCAAUGACAUAUUCAAAUGCAAUCAUUAAGUUGACUGGGUUUCUAGGCUGGGUCUAGAUUUUGGGCUUGGGCUCCCUUUGUUAGAUUCCAACCUGCUGACUCUCACCCCCCAGACGUGUAACUCACUGGUGUGGUGCAGAAAUGAACACAGCAGCAGAAAUCUGUAAUGACUAGCAGCACUGACUGAAAAGGAGAGUAAAGGUCGUGGUUUUGCCUCUUACAUAAGAUCAGCUGAGAGAUGAAUACCUGGUGACCUGACUCACAGGAUUGUCAGUUUACUCACAAAUACAUAGAACAGCUUACUGACAAAUCAUGUCUAUACGAUGAUAUCUGUUAUCUAGUUCAUACUUUCAGUUUUAUUCUGAUCGUAAACCACAUCAAUCAUUCUCAUAUCUGUAGAUUCAGGAUUUGUCGGAUUUACAAUGGUACCUCGGUUUUCGAACUUAAUCCGUUCCGGACUCCGGAUCGAAUCCUAAAAAGUUCAAGUUCUGAUCGAAGUUUUCCCAUAAGAAAUAAUGGAAAACCAAUUAAUUGGUCCCCGGCCCCCCAAAAUUACAC